GCCGUGAAAACUCUCCGGUAUCGGAGAACAAAAACGACGAACAAGAACAAGAUUUUGCUGGAGUUGAGAGAUCUCUCGUGUUCUUCUCCGUUUUGCGAUGCUUGGCACGGUGGUGCAGUGGUGGUUAACGUAUUAUCGUUUAAGAUUUGGCCGGAAAAAUCGAGAAAGAAAGUGGUGAUUCUACUCUCAAGCCUUCAAAAUCAAAAAGCUUAAAUUUUUUUGUUUCUUGUUCUGUUUUGCAAUUUUUUUAUUCCACGGAGAUGAGCCAAAAGAAACUGACGAGGACUCAAUCGUCGUUACUCAGAUCAUCUCCGACGAUUCGAUCGUCGAUUCAAAGCCUUUCUUCAAUCACUGAAUGUGAUGACUUCAACGAAAUCUCUUACCCCCGCCGUGAACAAGAUCUAGAAGCCGGUGAGAAAGAAGAGAAACAGAGGAGAAGAAAACCGGUUCAAUCAUUCGGGUCUAUUAACCGAAUUAAACCGGGUCUCGCAUUCACACUCGCUUGUCUCUCUUUCCUAAGUCUCUCGUCUUUCUUACUAUUCUUCGUUGAUGAGAUUUUUACGUCGGAGAAUCUGUUACUAGGUUUGAUUUUCGUCGCUCUUGCUCUGUUCUUCGCAUCGAGAAACAUGGCGGUUAUUAACCAAAUCGUAAUCGCAAUCAAACAGAUUCGCGUAAGGUCUCGAAUCAAACACAAACCGAAACCGGUUCAAUGGUACAUCGGAGAUACAAAACCGGAACCGAUCAAAGAAGAAGAACAGAGACUGGUCGUCAAAGAAGGAGUUCAAUAUUUUAGCAAUGGAGAUUUCUACGAAGGUGAAUUCAACAGAGGGAAGUGUAACGGAAGUGGAGUGUACUAUUAUUUCGUUAAUGGAAGAUAUGAAGUAGAUUGGAUCAAUGGAAGAUACGAUGGUUAUGGAAUCGAGUGUUGGUCUAAAGGAAGUAAAUAUAAAGGAACUAAGAACAUAUUUGUAUAUGUAUGUGUUCGUCGUAUAUGUACAACUAGGUUCGACUGAGUACAACUAAGACCA